GCUGCUGCGCGCCGGCCGGCCCGGGUCCUCGGUGCCCACUUGCAGCCGCCGGGCCGGGGCCAUCCCGCGGCCCCCGCCACCUGGAGCGCCCGGGGAUGGAGCGGCGCGUUCUCCUCGCCGGGACGCCGCGCGGGCGCGGGGCGUGGGGCGCGAGGGGCGGCGCGGCCCUGCGGGUGCCCGGCUGCGCGGCGCUGUGCGUGCUGCUGCUGGCGCAGGUGGCCGUGCAGCAGGCACCUGCGUGCUCCGUGGGACCCGCGCUGACCUCGCCGGGGAGCCCGAGCGUCUGGCGUCCUCCAGGCUCCGCGGCGCGGCCGGACUGGAUGGAAAAAGACGAAUAUGACCUGGUGUCUCCCUAUGAGGUUGACCACAAUGGAGACUAUGUGUCCCAUGAAAUCACGCGCUCUCGGAGGAGGAGGAGGGGGCUGGCCCCGCUCAUGGUGGAGUCUCUCCACCUUCGGCUGAAGGGCUUCAGGCACGACUUCCACGUGGAGCUGAAAGCUUCCAGCAACCUCAUGGCUCCCGGAUUUAUGGUGCGGACCCUGAGGAAGGGAGGCACUGAGUCCGUGCGCACCUUCCCACCCGAGGAUUUCUGUUUCUACCAAGGCUCCUUACGAUCCCACAAAAACUCCUCAGUGGCUCUCUCAACGUGCAGAGGUUUGUCCGGCAUGAUAAGAACACAAGAAGCAGAUUACUUCCUAAAACCACUUCCUUCUCACCUGGCGGGGCGACUGCAGGACCCUGCCCGGGCUGGGUCCCCCUCCCACAUACUGUACAAGAGAUCAGCAGACGUGCGGGCUCCGGGGGCUCCCCAGGCCGUCAUGACCGAGAGGGAUCGGGAGCUGGGGAAUCCGGCCCUGCACGGCAGCUCCAACCUCCGGCACCCACCAAAGCAGCAUUUCUGCGGAAGGCGCAAGAAAUACACGCCCAGGCCUCCCAGGGGGGACCUCUUCAUCCUGCCGGACGAGUUCGCGCCUCACUGGCGGCACAAGCGCUCACUCCUGAAGUCCCACAGGAACAAAGAGCUGAACGUGGAGACGCUGGUGGUGGUCGACAGGAAGAUGAUGCAGAACCACGGGCAUGAGAACGUCACCACCUACGUGCUGACCAUACUCAACAUGGUAUCGGCUUUGUUCAAGGACGGAACAAUAGGAGGAAACAUCAACAUUGCGAUUGUCGGUCUGAUCCUGCUGGAGGAAGAACAGCCGGGGCUCGUGAUAAGCCAUCACGCCGACCACACCUUAAGCAGCUUCUGCCAGUGGCAGUCUGGGUUGAUGGGCAGAGACGGCACACGCCACGACCAUGCUAUCUUGCUGACGGGCCUGGACAUAUGUUCCUGGAAGAAUGAGCCAUGUGACACCUUGGGAUUUGCGCCCAUAAGUGGAAUGUGCAGUAAAUACCGCAGCUGCACAGUUAAUGAAGAUACGGGUCUUGGACUGGCCUUCACCAUCGCCCACGAGUCUGGACACAACUUUGGUAUGGUCCAUGAUGGAGAAGGGAACGUGUGCAAAAAGUCUGAGGGCAACAUCAUGUCCCCCACGUUGGCAGGACGCAAUGGGGUCUUCUCCUGGUCACCCUGCAGCCGCCAGUACCUGCAGAAAUUCUUAAGCACCGCCCAAGCGCUGUGCCUCGCCGAUGAGCCGAAGCCGGUAAAGGAGUACCAGUACCCCGAGAAGUUGCCGGGAGAGUUAUACGACGCCAACACUCAGUGCAAGUGGCAGUUUGGAGAGAAAGCCAAGCUCUGCAUGCUGGAUUUUAAAAAGGAUAUUUGUAAAGCCCUGUGGUGCCACCGGAUUGGAAGGAAAUGUGAGACUAAGUUUAUGCCCGCAGCAGAAGGCACUAUUUGUGGACAUGACAUGUGGUGCCGUGGAGGACAGUGUGUCAAAUAUGGUGAUGAAGGCCCCAAGCCCACCCAUGGCCACUGGUCGGACUGGUCUUCCUGGUCCCCUUGCUCCAGGACCUGCGGAGGAGGGGUGUCUCACAGAGACCGCCUGUGCACAAAUCCCAAACCAUCGCACGGAGGCAAGUUUUGUGAGGGAUCCACUCGUACGCUGAGGCUUUGCAACAGUCAGCAAUGUCCGCACAACAGCGUUGACUUCCGUGCGCUGCAGUGUGCAGAGUACAAUGACAAGCGCUUUCGAGGAUGGCGCUACACGUGGAAGCCAUACACCCAAGUGGAAGAUCAGCACUUAUGCAAACUCUACUGUAUCGCAGAAGGAUUUGAUUUCUUCUUUUCUUUGUCAAAUAAAGUCAAAGAUGGGACUCCAUGCUCGGAGGAUAGCCGUAAUGUUUGUAUAGAUGGGAUAUGUGAGAGAGUCGGAUGUGACAACGUCCUUGGGUCCGACGCUGUGGAAGACUCCUGCGGUGUGUGCAGGGGCAAUAAUUCAGACUGCACGACGCACAAGGGGCUCUAUGCCAACUCCCAUGGCGCCAACCAAUAUUAUCAGAUGGUCACCAUUCCUCCCGGAGCCCGGAGUAUCCGCAUCCGCGAAGUGAACGUGUCUACCUCCUACAUCUCUGUGCGCAACACCCUCCGAAAGUACUACCUGAACGGACACUGGACGGUCGACUGGCCCGGCCGAUACAAGUUUUCAGGCACCACGUUCGACUACAGACGGUCCUCCCACGAACCGGAGAGCUUGACCUCGUCUGGGCCAACCAACGAAACCCUGGUUGUGGAGCUCCUGUUCCAGGGAAGGAACCCGGGCAUUGCCUGGGAGUACUCUGUGCCUCGGCUGCGGGGGGAGAAGCAGCCGGGUGGCCAGCCUCGCUACCUGUGGGCCGUCAUUCGGUCCGAGUGCUCCGUGUCCUGCGGUGGGGGGCAGAUGACCAUAAGGGCGGGCUGUUACCGAGACCUGAGGUUUCAAGUCAACACAUCAUUCUGCAGUCCCCGCACCCGACCUGUCACCGGGGUGGUGUCCUGCAAAGUGUCUGCCUGCCCUCCCAGUUGGUCGGUGGGGAACUGGAGCUCCUGCAGCCGGACAUGCGGUGGGGGCACGCAGAGCCGGCCCGUCCAGUGCACACGACGGGCCAACUCCGUGUCGGAGCGGGUGGCGGCCAGCCUGUGUCCGCAGCCCGUGCCCUCCAGCCGACAGACCUGCCACUCUCAGAGCUGCCCGCCCUCCUGGAGCACCGGGCCCUGGGCAGAGUGCUCUCGAACCUGCGGGAAGGGGUGGCGGAAGAGGUCCGUGGCCUGUAAAAGCACCAGCCCUUCCGCCAGGGCACUGCUGCUGCCGGACGCCGCCUGCGGCGCGGAGCCCAAGCCCAGGACUCACGAGGACUGUCUGCUCAAGCGCUGCCACAAGCACAAGAAGCUGCAGUGGCUUGUGUCUGCCUGGUCGCAGUGCUCGGGUACGUGUGAAAGAGGAACACAGAAAAGAUUCUUAAGGUGUGCUGAAAAGCACGUCUCUGGGAAAUACCGAGAACUGGCCUCCAAGAAGUGCCUGCACCUGCCGCGGCCCGGCGUGGAGCUGGAGCGGGCCUGCGCCCUGCUUCCCUGCCCCCAGCACUCCCUGCAGGCCGCUGCCGGCCCCCCUCGAGCCAGCUGGUUUGCCGCACCCUGGUCUCAGUGCACGGCCAGCUGUGGGGGUGGCGUGCAGACCAGGGCCGUGCAGUGCCUGGCAGGGGGCCGGCCGGCCCUGGGCUGCUUCGUGCACCAGAAGCCCACCACCUCUAUGGCCUGUAACACCCACUUCUGCCCCAUUGCAGAGAAGAAAGACGGCGUCUGCAGAGACCACUUCCCCUGGUGCUCGCUGGUGCCCCGGCAUGGGAUGUGCAGCCACCAGUUUUAUGGGGGGCACUGCUGCAAGACGUGCUCCGGCUCCAACCUGUGAGGCUCGGCCUCGGUGGGGGUGCUGGACCUUCAGCCUGCAUCAGCCGUGCGCUGGACAUCGGAGCGCGGCCGGGGGGAAGCAGGCUGGGGGAAGAAGGGCUGCAUCUGGCCUUCGGAUGGGACAGAGUGUGUGGGGGGGUGUGCACGUGCAUGUGCGGGUGUGUGCGUGCGCACGUGUGCACAUCCUGGGUCUGAGGGCACGCCUGGGCACGCACGCACACACGUGUGCAGGGGAAGCCUGGAGGAGGGGAGGAGGCCCAGCCGCAGACCCAGGGUCUCCUCACUGUGCUUCAGCUGAAUCAAGUCAGAAGCACAGAAGGAGCCAAGCUUGCUAACCGCUAAACACCGUGGUGCUUUGGAGAAAGAAGGAAAGGCAGCAUGCGUCCAGGAGAUCUGCCGCUCAGUACGCCGGCCUCCCCCCAACCUCGAGGCCGCUGCCCCAGCUCUGAGCUAACCAGCCUCCCUCUGGAGAAGCCGCGGGCUGGGACAGCUCCAGUCCAGCCUCCCCAGGGCCCCCUUCCUGCGCCAGCAGCCCAGCUUCUCUCUGCUGGGACAAGAGCCGGUGGCCCCUGGAAGGGGAGCCUGCCCUGUGGCAGGGGGCGGGGAGGGGGGGCGGUGCCGGUACUCCGGACUCCGUGUCCCAAUUGGAGGCUUUGCCUCUGGAGACAGGAAACCCGAAAUCCUGCUGUGGUGCUUGGUUCCCUUUCAGACUCAUGCGCUGGAGGAGAGAACUCUAUAUCCUACGUCUUAUCCUUCUCUGUGAUUGACAAGCGAGCCUUUGUAUUCCAACCCGUUCCUUAUGCUUUUCCCUGAAAUGACAGAAUUACAGGUUAUGCCAGAGGCAGACAGCGACCAGCUAUGCCGCACCCCAGCUGCCUCGAUGAGCGGCUGGCUGUCCUGCCCGGGCGGACGUCCGCAGACAUGGGGACCCUCAGAACCCCACGUUUCCUUUCCGUGCAUUGUGCUGUUUUGAAUUUUUUUUUCUGUGAAUUUUGAUUGUUUUGUAAGAGCCCUUCAGAAAGAAGGCCAGCAUUUCUGGACGAAGCCGCACACGGGCCCCGGCCCCCGCCCCUGCGCAGUGUUGGGGCUGCUCUGCGUUCUCCUUCCUACCAUGUGGCUCCAUUCCGCAUGGGCACCUGGAUAUUUAUAUUUGCUGAAGUUUUAUAAUAAAUUUUAUAUUGUGCCACUUG